AUGGCGGGCAGCAAUCAAGACAUCAGCGGGGUGUCUAUCACCGACCAUUCACGGGCCGCAGUGGGUACCUUCCACGGACCGGUGUACCUGGGAAACGAUAAAAGCGAGUGUAUCUUGAGUUUUGCUCGCUAUGAGAAGAAGCUAAUCUGUCAUCUAGACCUCAACAAUAUACUCAAUUCCCUCCCUAUCGCUGCAGACGCGCCGUGCAACGCAUAUAAUCGACAACACGACCCGGUCUGCCUUCCCAAUACCCGCAAGGAACUCCGCCGAGAGAUAUACGACUGGGCUGAUGGGAAAACCUCACGCAGUAUCUACUGGCUGCAUGGUAUGGCCGGCACUGGCAAGUCUACCAUCGCGCGAACUGUUGCCGCCAGAUGCUCUAAGAAGGAGGCCCUUGGAGCAAGCUUUUUCUUUUCAAGAGGCAGCGGGGAUGCUGGUUAUGCUGGCAAGUUCGUCACAAGCAUUGCAGUGCAGCUUGCGAACAAUGUGCAGCCUUUGAAGCAGGCCAUAUGCGACGCCAUUUCUGCGCAUAGCGACAUCGCUAACCGGGCUCUGGCCGAACAAUGGCGCUAUCUGGUUCAAGGUCCCCUAUCAAAGUUGGGAGACAGUAGCAGCCGAUCUCAGUAUAUUCUAGUGAUUGACGCGCUCGAUGAGUGCGAGGGUGAGGACAACAUCCGGAUCAUUCUGCAACUCUUAGCGGGAGUUCGGGUAUCGGAGAGGGUUCAGCUUCGAGUGUUCUUGACCAGCAGACCCGAGGUUCCAAUCAGGAACAGCUUUGACCAAAUGCCCGAUGUCGAGCGCCAGGAGUUUAUUCUACACAGUAUAUCGCAGUCGGUUGUUAACCACGACAUCCGUAUUUUCCUGCAACACAACCUCAACCUUAUCACCCAGGAACGCUCCCUCCCCACUGACUGGCUAAAAGAGAAGGACAUCGAGAGCCUUGUCCAGAAUGCAAGUGGUCUAUUUAUCUGGGCAGCAACUGCAUACCGCUUCAUCCGCGAAGGGAAGAGCUUUGCAGCAAAGAGACUUUCUCGGAUCUUAGAGCAUGGCAGCUCUAUGGUCAACGGGCCAGAGAAGCAUUUGAACGAAAUGUAUAAGGCUAUUCUUCGCCACUACAUUUCAGAGUAUGAGGAUGAAGAGGGAGAAGAGCAACAAUCCAUACUGAAAAGCUUGCUUGGAAAUAUUGUGACUCUGCUCUCUCCGCUUUCUACCCAGUCCUUAAGUGAGCUACUUGGCGCCCGUCAAGAUGAAAUCGAUCAGACACUGCAUGAUCUCCACGCGAUUCUCGACAUUCCAAAGGAUUCAAGCCGCCCACUCCGUCUACAUCACCCUUCAUUCCGGGAUUUCCUUUACGAGAAAGUGAGAUGCGAAGAGUUCUGGGUGGACGAGAAGCAAGCACAUCAUACCCUGGCCACAAAAUGCAUUCAGCUCAUGUCCAAAUGUUUCGAGCAGGAAAAUAGAAUCGUUCGGCCACAGGCACUUGUUGCGAUAUGUGAUACGAACCGGCCAGGUACACUUGUGACGGAAGUUGACAGCAAGCAAGUGGAGCUGUAUCUCCCUCCUGAAAUGCAGUACGCAUGUCGCUACUGGAUUCAGCACCUUCAGAAGAGCAGUAUUCAGCUCUACGACAAUGACCAAGUGCAUUGCUUCUUACAGGACCAUCUUCUUCACUGGCUUGAGGCUCUUGGAUGGAUGAGGAAGUUGGCGGAAGGAAUUCAUGCCAUUCUUAUGUUAGAUCCCAUGACCACGUUUGUCCAUGAUGCUAAACGAUUCACCCUAUACAGCCGGUCAGCGAUCGAGCAAGCUCCCAUACAGACAUAUUGCAGUGCACUUGCAUUUGCACCGAUGAAGAGUAUAGUGAGGCAGCAGUUCAGCGGUUGUGCGCAUCGAUGGAUACAAAGAUUACCGAAAGUUGAAAAUAACUGGGAUGCGUCACUGCAGACGCUCGAGGGCCACUCAGAUUCGGUCUACGCCGUGGCCUUCUCGCCAGACGGGAAGCUACUGGCGUCGGCCUCUGAUGACAGGACGGUUAGGCUGCUGUGGGACGCCGGCUCGGGAGAGGCAAAGCAGACGCUCGAGGGCCACUCAGAUCCGGUCUACGCCGUGGCCUUCUCGCCAGACGGGAAGCUACUGGCGUCGGCCUCUGGUGACAGCACGGUCAGGCUGUGGGACGCCGGCUCGGGAGAGGCAAAGCAGACACUCGAGGGCCACUCAGGUCGGGUCUAUACCGUGGCCUUCUCGCCAGACGGGAAGCUGCUAGCGUCGGCCUCUGAUGACAGCACGGUCAGGCUGUGGGACGCCGGCUCGGGAGAGGUAAAGCAGACGCUCGAGGUUGACACUGUCAUCCACACCCUUUCGUUCUCCGACGAUGGGGAUCAUUAUAUAUCGCAUAUCCUACCCCAGGCAAAGAUGCUCCUCGACUAA